AUGCAGCCUGAAAAGUCAGAUGCGGAAGACAACGGUUCCACAGUGAAGGAAUUCAUCCUGCUGGGCUUCUCUAACCUUCCCAAAUUCCAAGGGCUCCUCUCUGGAGUGUUUGUCAUCAUGUACGUAACGAUUCUGGUAGGAAACAGCCUCCUGAUCAUAAUAACCAAGUUUGAUCCUGCCUUACAGAAGCCCAUGUAUUUCUUCCUAGCAAACUUUUCUUCCCUGGAAAUCUGUUACGCGUCAGUCACUCUCCCUAAGAUUCUGGCCAAUAUUUGGACUCAGGAUAGAAGCAUUUCUCUGCUGGGCUGUGCCACCCAGAUGUACUUCUUCAUGGUGCUGGCAGGGAAUGAAAGUCUCCUCCUGGCUGUCAUGUCCUAUGACCGCUAUGUGGCCAUCUGCAACCCUCUACGCUACCCACUGCUCAUGAGCGCAUCGAGGUGCAUUCAGCUAGCAGCUGCAUCUCUGCUCAGCGGAAUCCCUAUUCCCACCGGGCUGACAUCUACAAUAUUCUCUCUGAAUUUCUGUAAAUCCAAUUGCAUUAACCACUACUUCUGCGAUGUACGUCCAGUGCUGAAACUAGCUUGUGGUGACACUUCUUUGCCUGAACUCUCCAUCUAUGUGGCAUUUAUGGUGUUUGCGGAUGUUCCCUUUAUGCUGAUCCUUGCUUCUUACAGCAAAAUCCUUUCCACCAUUUUGAGAUUGCCAACAGCCCAAGGACGGGGUAAAGCCUUCUCUACCUGCUUCUCACACCUGCUGGCUGUAAUUUUAUUUUAUGGAUCUGCUAGCAUUGCCUACUUGAGACCCAAGUCCAGUCACUCUGCAAACAUUGACAAGUGGCUCUCUCUUUUCUACACCAUGGUCACUCCCAUGUUCAACCCAAUGAUAUAUAGCCUUAGGAACAAAGAGGUGAUUGAAGCACUGAGGAAAUUAUUACCCUAA